UGUUUUGGCGUGUUUACAUGCCGAAUUGUGCAUUGUUACCGCUCUUAUUCUGAGAAAUUACCGUAGUGUAAUGCGGCCUUAAAUCCCCACUAAAAAUUUACCCCAUGCUCUUCAACAAAGAUUCAUUUCUUGCGUAUGCACAGGCCAAAGGACUUGAAAUAGAAGAUGAAGCGAUAAGUAUCCUGGCACAGGAUGUUGAAUACAGGGUGAAAGAGCUGUGUCAAGAAGCUGCUAAGUUCAUGCUAUUUUCCAAGAGAACGAAAUUGUCAAUUGAUGAUGUGAACAACGCGUUGACAACACGCAAUGUUGAUCCAAUAUUCGGUUAUGAUCCGAAGGACAAUUUAGUUUUCAAGAACGAUAUCGUUAAAAGUGCAAUUUUUUAUGUACCUGACGAAGAAAUCGACCUCGAAGAUUUGCUGAACCAACCACCACCAAAAAUGCCUUUAAAACCAAAAAUUACCUCACAUUGGCUGGCGAUUGAGGGGGUGCAGCCGCAAAUACCCCAAAAUCCCAUAAUAAUGGAGAAACCCUCGCUGAAACAGGAUCCGCUGGUAACUUAUACAGAGGAGAGCGAGCUGAAGCAAACAACAAAACAUGUGAUAUCCAAGGAACUGCAGCUGUACUACGAGAAAAUACUUUCAUUUUUAGAGGACAGCGAAAAAAUUACACUGGCGAUCGAGUGCCUGAAAACGGAGAGCGGCAUACAACAACUUAUACCGUAUCUCAUUCAAAAUAUCAAUGAGAAGAUCCUUAAAAAUAUGGAGAGCGAGGUACUUUCCAACUUCAUUCUCUUUUAUCAUUCAUUGUUGCAAAAUGAGCAUAUUUUCAUCGACCCAUACUUGCAUCAAAUAAUUCCUUCACUUCUGACAUGUAUAAUUGGGAAGAGGAUCAAAAAUAUGGACAUUAGGAAAUUGGCCGCCGAAACGAUCAAGUACGUAUACGACAAGUAUUCUAUAACUUACGACACACUGGGCCCAAGAAUAAUAAAGACCCUUUCAAAAGUAUGGCUGGACAAGGAUAAAUCAGAAGAUGCUCAUUAUGCGGCGCUGUUUACGCUUUCGAUUCUGUCUACGAAUGUGAUUUCGUCUGUAAUACAGAAGGAAAAAGAUCGUUAUGUAGAGAUGGUAAAGGAUCUGAACUAUGAAAAUGUAUUGCAACUGUUGAACGAUAUUUUAGCAAAAUCUUGAGUUUUUGUUGUUGCUGGAAUCUUAUUCAUUUAUUAUUGACAUAGUGAGGUAAUAUUUAUGACCAAUCCUUUUGAGAACAAAUACGGGUUUUGAAUGGUACCAUAAUGAUUUAUAGUAUGUUAUGUCAGUUCUGAAGACGUAAUAGUGUUAAAAUAUUGUUAUUCGUCUUUGAUGACUAUUUAUUAUUUCUUUCGUGCUAAAGUUUUACCAGAGUUUCCAUUUAAAAUAUGUAAAUUGUUUUCAAUCCUUAAGAUGAAUUUUGCGCGUGCUUUUAUCUUCGAAAACUUCGAUAUUCCUGGUACUGGUUAAAAACCUGCCAUUGAUGAAUGAAUGACUCACCACAUGAGUGAUCUCUGGAUAAACACUCUGCCAGAGCAUAUUAUAUGUGAAAUAAAGGAAGUAUAAUU